CUUGUAUAUAUAUAGUCGCACACUCACACUUUAAAGUAUAGCAAAUUAUAUAAUUACAUCGACUGCAGCAACACAAAAUGAUGAACAACAAACAACCUACCAUCGUACGAUCGGAAUUGCUGGAGAAGAAUGCCGAUGCCGCCCCCGCCCCCGUGGCCGACAACGGGAAGAACACGAGCAUCCACGUGACGGCCCUGGACGGCAUAGUGAGCGUUAACUCCCUCUUCACGAUGUCGUUAUUCAUCGGGUUUUCCAUGACCGUCCCGGAAAACGCCACCACCGUGUCGAACCCAGCGUGCACCACCAGCUCGGAGACGGUGAGGCGGCUGAUCGUGUUCGAAGUGGUGUCGUUCAGCUUCUUCCUCUUCUCAUCCCUCGUGGCUCAGAGCUUGAAGCUUCAGAUCAACCUGCGCAACAGCAUGGACCCCACCGAUCCUCACAAGGCCGACAUCAACGUCGACCACCUCAAGUACUGCCUCUUCGCCUCCGCCGUCGGAUCGGCCGUGGGCAGCACGUUCCUGACGAUGUCGAUCGUGGAUUUUAUAAGGGUGAAAUUGGGGUCGCUGUCGUGCGGCGGGAAGCCGGUAUACGCGGUGGUGACGCUGCUGGUCUUCGUGGGGUCGGGGCUGCUGGUUUAUGUCAUCACUGCUGUUCGUGCUGCCUUCUUUGUGCAAAACCAACCCACUACUCAGGACAAUCUGCAGACCUAGAUAAUAUGUAUUGUUGAGAAUAAACCCCUUCAAAUGAAAAUGGAAUUAAAGUAUAUACAUAUUCACAUGUAUUUGCAA